CCACCAGAACGAAAGCGCGACUGUCUGGCAACGCAUUGGCAUUGUAGAUACGAAAAGAAAACAAAUCGAAUUUUUUAAAUUACACUGUGCUGCCAGAGGAAUCUUCCACUAAACAAUAAACGUAAGGCAUGUCUGCGAAUCCAAAUGCCUUGAACAUGCCAACGUCUGCAGCACCGGUGCCGGCGGUCGCUGCUCAAAGCCCCACUACACGCAAAGCGAUUGCAAACAACUUUCGCGAACUGACCAAAGACCCAAAAAAACUGGACGAAGCCGCCAAUCAGCUGUACGAGUCGCUGCUGGAAGACGCUGUGACCGGCAUUUUCAUCGAGGUUCAUCAUUUGCGGAAAAUCGGCAAUCUGUCGGCCCUGGACGGAGUGGCCGAGGAGUCGGCGCACCGCAUUUGCGAUGUUCCAAAUUUGGAUAUAUUUGGCGUCUCCACGGCCAAGAAGGCCAUUGAUUGCACCUGCCCAAACUGUGAUCGUCUGGUGGCGGCAGCACGUUUCGCCCCACAUCUCGAGAAGUGCAUGGGCAUGGGCCGCAUUUCGUCCCGCAUUGCAUCCCGCCGUCUGGCGACCAAGGAGGGCACCAGUGCCAGCUCGAAUUCCUCCUAUGUGCAUUCCGGAGCCAAUGCAGGCGGCACCGACGACGAGGACGAUGUCGACUGGUCAUCUGAUAAACGCAAAAAGAAAUCCACACAAAACUCGCGCAACAAUGGCUCCAAAAAGAACAAUGGCAAAACUUUUUAAACAGCUCCCGGCCAAGUGGUGCAAUAAUUGAGAAAUGUAUUAAAUUUCCAUGCAUUGUACAAACAAACAAACAA